CUGGAUUUGCACGUGGUUUAGAGGGAAGCUCUACCUGUGGCAGCUGUGCAUGCACUUUUCUUUCUGAUGACAUUAAUAGCAUUCAUUCUCUUGCAGUCCCACUUCUAUCUUGCAGUGACACCCUGGAUGACAUGAAGGAAUACCCUUUUCUUUCUGCUUACCCAGCUGUGAGGUUGGGACAGAUGAGAGGCACUGCAUGGCCCUGUGGGUGCAGCUGUGUCCCAAUGCCUUCAGCACACACAGGUGGGCUUGUCCUGUGUCAGCUGGAGAGAAUAAACCAGGAGAGCCCAUGUUUGGGUUUGGGAUUAACUGGGUUUCUUGUAAAUAGUCAGCAGAGGUCACUGCCUGCUGGGAGUGACUGAACAAGGCCCAGCUUGCUGUGGUUUAGAGAACCAAAUCUGCUCUUUUGCAUUUUGGCUGGGGCUCAGGCAGGCUUGGGGAAGGUAAUAUUUCCCUCUGGGACUGAGGAUGCGACAUGGUUGGGUUUUUGUGGGGUUUUUUUUGUUUGUUUGUUUUUGUUUUUGCCAAAAGAAAUCUUUGCUCUGGCAGAACCAGCCAUGAGAAAUGCAACCCGGGGCGAAAAGGGCACUGUUGAAUUUGUGAUAGCAAUUGAAGCUGAAGUGAAAAUGCACAAAGUGCAAAAGGAGCAAAUGGUUGUGGCCUCUGCCAAUGCUGUUGUUGGAAAACAGUAGGAAUUGUGUGCAGCAUCAGUGGAGGGGCUGAGCCCAGAGUGCUGCUGAGCUGAGUGAGGAAACCCUGUGGGCAUUGCCAUAAAGCUUUCAGGUAAGAACUGCAGUGCCCUGAGGGAUGCCAUCAUCUUGAGGACACACAUGGGCAUUGUGCAGGGACCAGCUCUGGAUGCCUGCACCCCAAACUGUUUCGACUGGCAGCUUUGCACACAAAGCAAACAAUUUCAACAUCUGCUUGGGUCGCAUUCAAUUUCCUAGCGUUAUUUUCGUAGGUUGGGUAAACAUCUUCUUUCUUGCUAGGAGGAGUUAAUCAUUGAUAGGCAAACUGGCACGGGUCUGGUCCCUGCAGAGCAUGCAGCUGGCUAUGUGCAGCCAUUUCUGAGCGUGUGGGUGGAUCAGAACCCCUCCUUCAGCACAGCAGGGCUGUGUCAGUGCCUUUGGAUGCACCCAUCGCUGCCUGCAGCGCCCAGAUAUUUGGCCUAGAAAAAGAAUGCUGUGACAUCUGCAACGUGGUCAGGAUGAUGGUGGUGCCAGCUGUGGUGUCAGUGGGACCAAGGGGCCGUGCUGCCAUCCUGGUGCUGCUCCUCACUGCUGCCCUGGUGGUGGACACCCAGGGUGCUUGCGGUGCUCCGCCACGGUUCUCAUUUGCAGAACUGAAGGAGGACUACCUGCACAACAGGACGUUUUCCACCUCUGAAGUGGUGGAAUACAGAUGUCGGCCAGGCUACGUGAGGAAUUACAGAGCCCGGAACACUUACAUCUGUGAAAAGAACAGCUGGAAAGGAUCGAACAACUUCUGCUUACCAAAGCCCUGCAGUUACCCUGGAGAGCCAACCAAUGGCAGGCUUGUGGAAGUACAGCAGUUCACCUUUGGGUCCACAGCAAACUACAGCUGUGACACUGGGUACAGACUGGUUGGAAAUUCCCAGAUUAGGUGUGUGAUUAAAAAUGGACAUGUUACUUGGGAUGGAAAUCCUCCCAUCUGUGAACCAAUUCCAUGUUUGCCCCCUCCAAAAAUAGCGAAUGGAGAUCACAACGGAGGUGACGUCGCGCUCUUCACUUACGGAGCUUCUGUCACCUACCACUGCCACACUGACAGCAGGGGGAGGAAGCAGUUCUCCAUGGUGGGGGAUGCCUCUAUUUUCUGUACAACCAAUGACAACGUGAAUGGUGUCUGGAACAAGCCAGCCCCGGAGUGCAAAGUGGUGAGCUGCAGGGAGCCCCAGGUGGAGCACGGCAGGCUGCAGAGCAGGUACAGAGCUGAGUACGCCUAUGGUGACACCGUCAUCUUUGACUGUGAAUUCCGUUACGUGCUGCUGGGCAGUGACACAGCCAUGUGCCAGGAGGAUGGCAGCUGGGAUCCACCACUACCGCAAUGCCAGCGCAGCAGCUGUGAUGACCCUCCUGACGUGCAGAAUGCUGUUAAAGCAAGACUUGCAGGCAAUUUAUUUCCCAUUGAGACUGUCAUCACUUAUGAGUGCCAAACAGGCUAUGAGUUCAGCCCUGGAGUGGUGAUGCAAAACAUCAGUUGUCUGCCAGACUAUACAUGGACUGAAACUCCACCGCCCUGUGAAAGAAUUAGUUGCCCGAAUCCAGCUACCAAGAGUGGAAUGCACAUAAGCUCCUGGGACGAAAAAGACACGUAUGUGUUGGGAGACAGAGUCCAAAUUAUCUGUGACCCUGGCUAUGUUUUCAAGGAUAGUGAUGAUUAUGUUGUGCUUCAGUGUACAAAUGAUGGCACAUGGAACCGGGCAGCACCAGAGUGCAUUCCAGAACCUCAUUGCCCAGAGCCUAUCAUUGACCACGGAAGAGAGGUUUAUAAAAGCAAAAAUGAUUACACAGUUGGGACUCAAGUAAGGAUAGAGUGUGAUGAAGGCUACGUGAUCAGUAUCCAAGAGUCGAUCACGUGCCAGGCUGAUGGGAACUGGUUUCCCAAGUUACCCUACUGCCAGCAAGCCUGUGGCCCUCCCCCACGAAUCACCCACGGGCUGGACAUCAACCCAACAUCAUCAUUCUUCCCCUAUGGCUACAGAAUGAAAUACAGUUGUGCUGCGGGGCUGUCCCUCAUUGGGGAUGAAUCCAUCUACUGCACCUCUGAAGAUGGAGUGAACCUGGAUUGGAGCGGCCCUGCCCCAGAGUGCAGGGUGGUUCGCUGCCCCAAGCCCGUGGUUGAGAAUGGAGAGAUGGUUACACCACAGCACACAUUCUCCUAUGGGACAUCCGUGAGCUUCUACUGCAAGAAAGGCUUUACACUGCAUGGCAAUGCUGAGAGCCGCUGCAUGGCUGAUGGCAGCUGGCAGCCAGCCCUACCUAAAUGCCAGCCAGUCAAGUGUCGUGCACCAAAGAGCAAGGAGAACCUACAGAUUUUCUCUGACAGGGAAGAGUACGAGUUUAAUGAAACCCUGUACUUCUCCUGCAAGCAGAGCAACAAUCUGGCAGAGAUGUCAUUAACCACCUGCUCUGCUGGUGGCUCUUGGAUGCCACCACCCAACUGUAAAACACUUCAUGCGUGCAAGAAGAUUCGUCAAAUCCAGGAAACUUUUGAGUGCGGAAUUCCUCUGGCAGAACUGAGAACUUUGCUGGAAGUACAGAAACUCUACCUGGAGAUCCAGAAGCUGGAGAAGGAUCUGGGAGCCAGAGGAGGCCGCUCAUGGCUGUACUUUUGCAGUCCUGUGGCACGGCUGCUGCUCGCCAUGCAGCUGCUCCUGCACUGGAUGGGGCCGUUGCUGGCACUGCUGGUGCUGCAGCCAGCGGGGAGCUUGGAGGUGCAGUGCCCGGUCCCAACGAUCCCUCAUGGGUGGCUGAAUCCUGCAGAGAAGAACCUCAGUGCUGGGAGCACAGCCACGCUUGAAUGUGAGGCUGGCUACGUCCCUGUGGGCAGCAGCAGCGUGAGGUGUCUGAGCAGUGGCAGAUUGCAGCCACGGACACCAGCAUGCAUCCGAGGUCGUUGUCCUUCCCCUCCUGCUGUUGACUACGCCGACCGCAGACCUCCAUACGAGUUCCUGGUGGGUUCCACCAUCACCUACUUCUGCAGACAUGGAUACACGUUGAUCCCCGGUGUAUCUCCAACAACAACUUGUCUCAAAAAUUUCACCUGGUCUGCGAUCCCAGCGCUUUGCCAGAUGGUGCAGUGCCCGAGCCCAGCCAUCAUCAACGGGAGGGAGACGAGCGCAAAGCAAGAGAAGUACAGCGUUGGGCAGCAGGUGGAGUUCCAAUGCAACCCAGGCUACGUGCUGUGGGGCAGCCAGAGGACUCAGUGCUGGUCGGAUGGGACGUGGAAACCCCCGGUGCCGUACUGCGAUAAGGUCUGUACCCCCCCUCCACUGAUCACCAACGGGCAGCACACCGGCUUGAGAACAGAACUUUUUCCCUACGGUACUGAGGUGAAAUACAGCUGUGCUUCAGGGCUGUCCCUCAUUGGGGAUGAGUCCAUCUACUGCACCUCUGAAGAUGGGGUGAACCUGACAUGGAGCGGUCCUGCCCCGGAGUGCAGGGUGGUUCGCUGCCCCAGGCCCGUGGUUGCCCAGGGGAGGAUGGAUCUGUCAUGGCACACGUUCCCCUAUGGGACGUCCGUGCGCUUCUCCUGCAAUGAGGGCUUUGUGCUGCACGGCGAUGCUGAGAGUCGCUGCACGGCUGAUGGCAGCUGGCAGCCAGCCCUGCCCAAAUGCCAGCCAGUUCUGUGUCCCAAACCACGAGUUGCCAAUGGAAAGCUGACAAGCACUGAUCAGACGUGGUACCCAAUAAACACAACGGUCACAUUUGUGUGCCACGAGGGAUACCAUCACUUCUCAGGUGAUGGAGAAGCCGUGUUAAAAGACUCUUGGACAGCCACGUGCUUGGCUGAUGGCAACUGGACACCACUGCCCAAGUGUAAGAAGGAAGGUGAUGCUGACGUGUGCGGAGAGGUUGCUUAUAUUCAGAGUGUCGUCUCUGACUGCCACGUGCCUACAGAAGAUGUGAAAACUCUGCUGGAAAUACAAAAACUCUUCCUGGAGAUUCAAAAACUGAAAGUGGAAUUGCAAGGACUGAGCAAGGAGGUCCUGGAGCACAUCCUGCAUUGUGCCUGUGGGCCCCCUCCUCCCAUGACCCACUCCCAGCCCUCCAGCGUCGAGCAGCUCAGCAGCUUCCCUGUGGGCUCCAGGGUGACCUACAUGUGUCUGCGCGGUGCUAUCAGGAUCCCCGGGGCAUUGGACACGGUGCAGUGCCUGCCUGGCUCAUACUGGUCGGAGCUGCGCGAUCCCUGUGGCUUGAGCUGCGCUACCCCGACCUCAAUGCACUUUGCUGCCCUGUCCGAGGUGGAUGAGAUGAUCAAUUUCUAUCCUGUUGGGUUCACUGUGAGCUACGUCUGCCGCCCUGGUUAUGAGAACAUCUCAGAAAGCCAACCCACCAGCACCUGCCUUGAGAGCCUGACGUGGUCAGAGGUCCCGGAGUUAUGCCAGAUAAUCACCUGCUCUUCACCUCCUCGGAUCAGCAACGGGAGGCACGAUGGUGAAGGUGUAGAAAAGUUUGCUUACAACUCAACAGUGACCUACAGCUGUGACUCUGGCUUCCAACUCAUUGGGAAUGUGAGCAUCCGUUGUUCCCAGAGACGUGACCUCAAACCACCCAAGAAGACUUUCACAAUGGAAAUGAAAAUGAGCCUCUAUAAGAAGUCACUCCAAAACACCAACUCCUUCUCCUCCUCUUCUUCGUUCUCCAGGAAGCCAGGUGACUGUGGGCCGCUGCCCAAGCUCAGCAGGGCAGAACCCCCCGAGGACGUCCGGCACAAGGACAGCUUCCCUGUGGGCUCCCAAGUAACGUACAGAUGCCUCCAGAAUUUAUCGAAAAUCCCAUCGCGGUUGGAUACAAUAAAAUGCCUUAGUAACUCCCUAUGGUCCAACCUGCAGGAGUUCUGCGACCGCAGCUGCCAGAGCCCUCCCCACGUGGCUUUUGCCAAACUAUCAGAAGAAGAUGAGAUGAAGAAUUUUUAUGCUGUUGGGAUCACUGUGAGCUACGACUGCAGCCCAGGCUAUGAGAACAGCACUGCUGAACUCCCCAGCAGCACCUGCCGUGAGAAUUCAACAUGGUCAGAAGUUCCUGAGCUGUGUCACACUUCUCCCUCUGCAACUGGCACUACAGCAGUGACAAACUCAACCCCUCAUUUGGAAGAGAAGGCGUCGGAGAGCCGCUACAUCCUACCGGAGCCGGGCUGUAAGGAGCCGGGCUGUAAGGAGCCGGGCUGCCGGACUGCUCGCAGCAUCGCCGCACAACCGUCGGAGCAUCCAGGGAUGGCCGUGGGAACGGCGCUGCUGUGGCUCGGCGCUGCGCUGCUGGCGCUGCCCGGAGCGUGCGGUGAUUGCCCGGAACCGCCGAGGUUCGUUUUUGCGGAGCCCCCCGGUCCUACCAACGCUUCGUACCCCGUUGGGGAGGUGCUGAGGUACCGCUGCCGCCCGGGGUACGCGAGAGAUGUGAGCAAGUCCAACCGCGUCACCUGCCUGCCCAACUCCACCUGGGCGUCAGAAGCCGACUUCUGCAUCGGAAAGUCGUGUGAACUGCCAGAAAUACCGAAUGGUGACUUUCACUUCAGCACCAACCUCCAGUUUGGAGCUACGAUAAACUUCACCUGCAGGGCUGGGUACCGUUUAGUUGGGAAUCCGACCGCGCAAUGCAUUCUGAGUGGCAGUGAUGUCACUUGGGAUCACGUUCCACACUGUGAAGUUAUUCCCUGUCAGCCACCUCCUGCCAUUGAGAACGGACAGUUCAGUGGUGUGCACACAGAUUACACCUUUGGGGUAGCUGUAACCUACAGCUGCAAAAAUGGGUUUUCUCUCAUUGGAAACGCCACAAUUCACUGUGCAGCAGAUGAUAACCUCAAUGGGAGAUGGAGUGGUCCAGCCCCAGAAUGCAAAGUGGUGAGAUGUGAAAAGCCAGAAGUGGAAAAUGGGAAGAAUUUAAACAGCUUUGCCACUGAGUACACGUAUGGAGAACAAGUGAGCUUUGAGUGUGCUCCUGGGCACGCUUUGAGCGGCGCUCAGACGGUUACCUGUGAUGCAGACAGUGCCUGGAAGCCACUUCUGCCAACGUGUGACCCACGAUACUGUGGCCCUCCCCCCAGCAUCCCUUCUGCUGAGUUAACAGGGGCUGCAAACAGCAGCUCCUUGGCUGGAACGAAGCUGACAUACCAGUGUCAGCCAGGUUUCACCACAGAGAAUGGGAAGUCCCUGGAAGUCACCUGUCUGCUGGAUGCCACCUGGUCUGCAGGCUCUGCGCUGUGCACACGUCAGCAAUGCGCUGCUCCCACAAUACAGAACGGGAUUGUGAAUGAGGACAGUUUCCUGUUUGGGGCAACUGUGACCUUCUCCUGCAACGCUGAGUAUGAAUUAAAGGGAUCAUCUUCUGCCAAAUGUGUGGCAGUGGGAAAUGGAGUUGAAUGGGACGUGGAUCUCCCAUCCUGUGAAAGACGGCGCUCUGAUAUUCUCUGUGAACAGCCCCCCAGCAUCAGCAAUGGGGUUCACAAUGGCACAGAGGUCACAGCCUUCCCCCAGGGCUCCGUUGUGGUUUAUUCCUGCAAUGAUGGCUUCAUCCUGGUUGGAGGCAGCACCAUUCAGUGCCUAGCGAAGGCUCAGGAUCGUGGAGUCUGGAGCACCCCCCCUCCUGAGUGCAGAGAUGGAGCGAGCAGCAUCAUUGUUGAUACCUCAUGUCCCAAAGCAGGUCCCAAGAGCCAUCCUCCCUUGCAUGGAGGGACCAAAAUACCAUCAGCAGAACGUCACUGGGGCUGCACAGCCCAGGCUUGUGGCUGCCCACACCCUGUGCAGGAGCCCACAGGUUCCUGUCCCCCAGCCCUGGGAAACCCCCACAGCUGCGAUCCUUCCUCAGGCAUGGGGAACCAGGACCCCCAUAUCUGCAUCGCAUCCCCUGGGAUCUGCAGUCAGCACUGGGACCAGAGCAUGGUGCUCACCUUCACCCUCAGCAUCCUGGGCUGCUCCGCUCUGCUCCUGGCUGCUGUGAGUGGGCAGCAAGUCAGCCAGCACCGAUGCGCAGUGCCACACAUUGAGAAUGGGAGGAGCGCUCCUUUUCGCUACAUCUACCGGCCCGGGAACUCAGUAAGAUUCACCUGCAACACGGGCUACACCUUGCAAGGCUCCUUCACGAGCAUCUGCCAAGCUGACUUCAGCUGGAGCCCACCUCUGCCGGCAUGCAAAAAGGAGGUGAUGUGUCCUCAGGCCCCGAACAUCGCCAAUGGGCGGCACAGCGGCCAAUCCACGAACAAAUUUCUCCCCGGAGCAAUCGUGUACUACAGCUGCAAGGAUGGCUUUGAGCUGGUGGGGAACGUCUCCAUCAGCUGCUCAGAAGUCGGGCGCUGGAGCCGGCCCCUGCCCCGCUGCCAAGCCAUCGGCUGCCAGAGUCCCACAGUGCACAACGGGAAGGUGCAGGCAUUGAAGGACACCUUUGAGGCUGGGGAGACGCUGCGGUUUGACUGCGAUGCUGGGUAUGCUGCAGAGGGCAGCCAUUGGACUCAGUGCCAGCCUGGGGGGGUCUGGGACCCACUGGUGCUCAGCUGUGUGCGGGUUCAGCCGUGCCCCAUGCCUCCCAAGAUCAGCAAUGGAGAUCAUGACGGCCAUGGCAGAGCAGAGUUCACCAUGGGGAUGUAUGUGACGUACACUUGUAAUGUCGGCUACUACUUGGCUGGGAACGUUGAACGUGUCUUUUGCAAAGCAUCAGGGAAAUGGAGCCAGCCCAGCCCACACUGUGAAGAAGUGACGUGUCCUCAGCCCCCGAACAUCGCCAAUGGGCGGCACAGCAGCCUCUCCUCUGCCAGGUUCCCACACGGCACCGUUGUGUACUACAGCUGCAAGGAUGGCUUUGAGCUGGUGGGAAACGUCUCCAUCAGCUGCUCAGAAGUUGGGCGCUGGAGCCGGCCCCUGCCCCGCUGCCAAGCUAUCGGCUGCCAAAGUCCCACAGUGCACAACGGGAAGGUGCAGGCAUUGAAGGACACCUUUGAGGCUGGGGAGACGCUGCGGUUUGACUGCGAUGCUGGGUAUGCUGCAGAGGGCGGCCAUUGGGCUCGGUGCCUGCCUGGGGGGAGCUGGGACCCACCGGUGCUCAGCUGUGAGCAGGUUCGCCCUUGCCCCAUGCCUCCAAAGAUCAGCAAUGGAGAUCACAACCGGCACGGUGAAGGCUUUUUCACCACGGGAAUGUCUGUGUCGUAUACCUGUGAUCCCAGCUUCUACCUGGUUGGGAAUGCACAUGUGGUUUGCAGAGCAUCAGGGACCUGGAGCCAGCCCAGCCCACGCUGUGAAGCAACCGUCUGUUUAAAGCCAGAUAUACAGGAUGGGUGGGUAGUUGAUGAUCACGGACUCAUCUAUGCACCGGGGCAAAUGGUGACAUUUCAGUGCCAGGAAGGCUACAGCUUGCGGGGCAGUGCCCAAGCCCUGUGCCAGAAGAACGGCAGCUGGGACCCCCCAGCGCCCCUCUGUGAUCCACUCCACAGCUCCGUGCUGCCCAGAAGGGCUGAGAGCUCAGGUGGCUGUGGGCUUCCCACCAGGCUGACCUUUGCUGAGCUCAAUGAGGAGCACAGAAAUGAGAUUGAUUUCUCUGUUGGGAAGACUGUGGGAUACACUUGUCGGCCCGGAUUUGCUAAGCACCCAGGAAUGUCACCCACUAUUACAUGCCUGCAGAGCGGAGUGUGGUCAGAAGCACUCGAGUUCUGUAAAAGGAAACAAUGCAAUCACCCCGGGGAACCCGAGAAUGGCCGGAUUACAGCCCUGGCAGACCUCUUCUUUGGGUCAAUAGUGGUCUACAGCUGUGAAGAAGGGCACAGGCUGAUCGGGAAGUCCAGCCGGCGAUGUGAGAUCCAUGGGGGACGCGUUGCAUGGUCCGGUGACAUUCCCACCUGCCAGCGUAUCCCCUGUGAGCCCCCCCCCAGCAUUCCCCAUGGGAAGCACACGGGGCGGCUGCUGGAUGAGUUCCACUACGGCACCUCGGUCACCUACAGCUGCGAGCCUGGUUACCCAAUGCACGGGAAUGCUUCCAUCUUCUGCACCACCCAAGAUGGGAAAAACGGGGUGUGGAGUGGACCCCCCCCAGUGUGUGGAGAAGCAGGGUGCUCUGCCCCGCAGAUCCAGAAUGGGAGGAUAGUGCCAGCUCCUCGGAGUACCUACGCACACAAGGACAAUGUCACCUUCGAGUGCGAGCCAGGCUACGUCAUCCGUGGCCCCAGAGUGGUGCAGUGUCAGCAGAACAACACCUGGCAGCCCCCGGUGCCCAUCUGCGAGCAGGCUGGCUGCAGGGCACCCCCCAAGUUGGUGUUUGCUGAGCUGAAGGAGCCCUACAGGAACCAGACUGCCUUUCCUGUGGGUGGGACUGUGGAGUACAUGUGCCAGCCGGGCUAUGCCUGGCACGUGGGGAUGUCACCUACCAUCACGUGCCUUGGGAAUCAGAGCUGGUCUGUGGCACUGGAGUUCUGCAAAAGGAAGCAUUGUGCAAACCCUGAUGACCCACAGAAUGGCAGAGCCAUGGUCCUGACUGAUCUCCUCCUUGGGUCCAAAGUGAAUUACACGUGUGACGAGGGAUACAAGCUGAUCGGGCGUUCGCAGAGGACAUGCGAGGUGUCUGGCACACGCGUUGCAUGGAGCGGGGAUGCUCCCACCUGCCAUCGUAUUGUCUGUGACCCACCCCCAGACAUCCCACAUGGGACACACAGUGGGGGAUCGAUGGUUGCCUUCCCCUACGCGGCCGUGGUCACCUACACGUGUGAGCCAGGCCGUGUUUUGGCUGGGACAGCCUCCAUCUUCUGCACCACCGUGGAUGGGGAGCGCGGUGCAUGGAGCGGGCCGCCGCCGCGCUGCGGAGAUGUGCAGUGUCCUCCCCCUCCAAGCAUCGCCAAUGGGAAGCACAGCAGCCAGCCCUCGGACACGUUCCUGCCCGGUGUGGCCGUUCAGUACAGCUGUAAGGAUGGCUAUUUGCUCAAUGGGAAUGCAUCCAUCACCUGCACUGCUGCAGGAACCUGGAGCCAGCCCCGGCCACGCUGUGAAGCAAUAGGCUGCAGAAGACCUGAGAUUGAGAAUGGAAGAGUGACUGGGCCAGAGUCCGUCUAUAUGCCCGAGGCCAUCGCUGUCUUUGAAUGCAGUUUUGGUUACGCCUUAAAGGGCUCUCAUGAGUCUCAGUGCCAGCUUGGGGGCACAUGGGAUCCUCCUGUUCCCACCUGUGAAAAGAUGCUGCAGUGUCCUUCCCCUCCAAAUAUCACACACGGUCAGUACAGCAGUGAGGAUGUGAAAAUGUUUGUCCCCGGAACCUCUGUGAGGUACAGAUGUGACCCGGGGUACGUCCUCACGGGGAAAACAGCAGUGACUUGUUUGACAUCUGGAAUGUGGAGCAUCCCUUAUCCGCGGUGUGAAGUGGUCACCUGCAUGAGCCCUAGCAUUAAGCACGGAGAAGUGGCUGAAGGGCAGCAAGUUGUCUACCAGCCCGGGACCAUCAUCACCAUCCGGUGCCACCCAGGCUACGUGCUGCGGGGCAGCCAGGAGCCCAAGUGCCAUUCUGAUGGCCGCUGGGUCCCCUUUAUCCCCAGCUGCGAGCCAGCGCUGCCUUGCCCUCCACCACCCACCAUUGCCCAUGGCAUACACGAUGCUGAGCUCGGGACCAACUUCACCAGUGGAAUGUCUGUGAACUACAGCUGCCAGCCUGGCUUCUCCCUGCUUGGGGACCCCUCUGUCCAGUGCCUGGAAGGGAACUGGAGCCUCCCGUACCCACGCUGUGCAGUUGGAUGUGGGACACCAACACUGUUACAGUUUGCUGAGCUAAACAAGGAGUAUAAGAAUUGGACUGAGUUUCCAGUUGGGACCACAGUGAAAUACACCUGCCAGCCAGGAUACGCCAGACAUUCACAGAUAGCACCCACUAUUACGUGCCUUGAAAAUCAGACGUGGUCUGAAGCUAAGAAGUUUUGCAGACGGAGAAAGUGUGAUCAUCCAGGAGAACCAGAAAAUGGCAGAGUUAUUGUUAUAACAGAUCUCCUCUUUGGAUCAACUGUGAAUUACACUUGCAAUGAAGGGUACAGGUUAGUUGGAGCUUCUCAGCGACACUGCGUGAUUUCAGGCUCCGGGACGCGAGUGACGUGGACUGGGGUCGUUCCUGUCUGCCAGAGUAUCGUUUGUGACCCACCUCCCAGCAUCCUGCAUGGAACACACAGCGGGCACUUGAUGGAUGCUUUUCCCUAUGCAGCUGUGGUCACAUACAUGUGUGAGCCUGGCCACGUGCUGGCUGGGACAGCCACCAUCUUUUGCACCACAGUGGAUGGGGAGCGUGGUGCCUGGAGCGGACCAGCACCACACUGUGGAGGGCAGCUGUGUCCUUCCCCACCAGUGAUUGACCAUGGCCAGCAUGAUGGCAUGGACGUGGAGUUUAUCCCUGGAAUGUCUGUAAAUUACAGCUGUGACCCUGGCUAUUCUCUUACUGGACCAGCAGCUCUGUACUGUACUGGCAAUGCAAGCUGGAGCAGCCCUCAGCCCCGCUGUGAAGUGUUACAGUGUCCUUCGCCUCCAAAUAUUGACGGAGGCAAUCACGACAGCCAGGAUGUGGAAGUUUUCCUUCCUGGAAUGGCUGUGAACUACAGCUGUGAUCCUGGCUACAGCCUGCUGGGGGAGGCAUCCAUUUACUGCACCGAGUCUGGAAACUGGAGCCUGCCCGCUCCUCAGUGUGAAGGUAGCUGCGGUGUUCCUCCAAUACUCAGCUAUGCUGAGCUGGCCAAGGAGCACCAGAACACGACAGCCUUUCCUGUUGGGAGCACGGUGCGCUACGCCUGCCGCCCGGGAUUCAUGAGACACCCCACAGUGCAGCCAGUUCUGACGUGCCUCAAAAACCACACGUGGUCUGAUGUGCGAGCGUUCUGCAAAAGGAAAGAAUGCAAUUAUCCUGAAGCACCACAGAAUGGCAGAGUUGUUGUUCUGACAGAUCUCCUGUUCAGGUCCAUUGUGAACUACACAUGUGAAGAAGGGUACCGGCUGGUUGGUCAGUCCCUGCGGCGCUGUGAGCUUUCUGGAGCAGAUAUUGCAUGGAGUGGUGAUCCUCCCACUUGUCAGAAGGUGGUUUGUCCAGUGCCACAGAUCCAGAAUGGGAGAGUAUCCAUUCCCAAACAGCGCUACAGAUACAAGGAUACUGUCAGCUUUCAGUGCCACGAAGGGUUCGUGCUGAAAGGGCAUCCCACAGCCCAGUGCAAAGCUGACAAAACAUGGGAUCCUCCCGUGCCCGUCUGUGAGCAGGUGGUAAACUGUCCAUCUCCCCCAAGCAUCAUCAAUGGGGAACACAGUAGACUCUCAGACGCUUUUGGCGUAGGUGCAAUCGUGCAUUACGACUGCAAACCUGGCUUCUUUCUCAUUGGCAAUAAGUCCAUCCUCUGCACACCACAUGGGGUCUGGAGCCGUCCCCUACCUCGGUGUGAGGCUGGCUGCGUGAGCCCAGGAGUUGGGCAUGGACAAGCUAUUGGAUCAGAAUCUCUCUACAUGCCUGGAGACAUCAUCACAAUUGAAUGCAACUCUGAUAAUAUCUCAGAAGUCCUCCACAAGUCCCAAUGCCAAUCUGGGGGCACAUGGUUUCCUCCACUCCCUGCCUGUGACCGAGGUGAGUGCAUCUCACCCAUCCUUACAGCUGUCCCUUCUGACCUUGCACUAUUUGUAGCACAUGGCAGGAUGUUUAGGGGAUGCUGUAGGGUAACGUGGGUGCAUGAGGUUGGGCAGUGGGCUCUGUGCAUUAGUGUCAGUGGUGUGGAGGUGGGCACACAGCCAUGCGCAGAUGCUUGGAGGUUCUCCUCUUGCCUCCAAGAGUGCUUUUUAAUCUGUACUUCUCUCUCCUUAGUGCUGCACUGUCCCAAGCCCCCAGAUAUUCUCCACGGGGGUCACAGUGGCCUGGGAAAAGCAGUUUUCCCUCCUGGAACAUCUGUAAACUACAGCUGUGAGACUGGCUUCUCCCUCGUUGGGAUGGCAUCCAUUUACUGUACAGAGUCCGGAGCCUGGAGCCAUCCUUUUCCUGUCUGCCAAGUUGUGAAGUGUCUCCACCCUCCAGCUAUCACCAAUGGGAAGCUCCAAGGCAACACUUCAGACACUUUUUUCUAUGGAGCAUCUGUGUCCUACAGCUGUGAUUCUGGCUAUUCACUCACUGGGGAUGCUUUCAUCACCUGCACAGCGUCAGGAACCUGGAGCCAUCCUCCUCCUCAAUGCAAAGAGAUCAGUUGUGUAUUCCCAGAAGUUCAAGGUGUUAAGAAAACCGCGUCUGGAAAAACGUACAGAAUUGGGACUAACAUCACUCUUGAAUGUGAUGAUGGGUACACGUUGGAAGGCCUCAGUCAGAUCCAGUGCCAGGAGGACUUCAGCUGGGACCCUCCUGUGCCAGCCUGUAAACUCACUUCACCCAGGUCUGGUUCAGUAGGGCUAGGAAUUGCAGCUGCAGUCGUUCUGCUUCUCCUGGGUGUGACCAUUGGCUGGAAAAUUAUCUCUAAGCAGAAGGAAGGCUUCUACCGCACGUAUGAAAACUACAACCACAAAACCUCUCUGGAUUAGAUGGCAGAACAGAAAUGUUCACGUCUUGCAUGGCAGGCUGAGCCCGGUGCUGCCCAUAACCGGCAUUCGAGGCGUUCCCCCACGUUGGGACUGAGCCAAGAAAGCACUUCGACCCAAAUCAACCUUCAUGCUCCUCCUGCUCCAUUCAUUAAAGCACUGUAA